CAUAGAUAAAAUUUGAAGGUUACAAUUUACAAAUGAUUUGAAUAAUUGAAUUUUUUGACUUAUACAUUUGAUGUUUAGUUAUUGACGUUUCAUUAUAGCAAAGUUAAGAAUUUGAAUAUGUUCGACUAUAAGAUGCUGUUUGCUCUUGGUAUUUUCCUUUGCUAUUUAGAAACGAUAGCGUCAACUGAAGAUGUUUGUGUCAAAAAAGGACCCUGUUCAUGUGAGUUCUCCAAUGGUACCGGUAUUGAUUUAUCGCCAACUGCAAAUGGAUUUGCUAUGACGCAAACUUAUGAAUUAAAGAAUGAAGGUUCGCAAUACUCUUUGAGCACAUAUUAUUAUCAUCCCUGCUAUGAUAUCCAACUCAAGAUCAAUACGACCAAAGUUAUAGGCACUUGCGGAAAUCCUUUGUCGAUAUGUAGAUAUACAAGGAAUUUUGAUUUGCAAAAUGCAACAAAAGAUACAUUUAAAAUUGACGAUGGCAAUUAUGAGUUUAUGGGAAGUUCUAAUAUAACUCAGUUUGGCGCAGACGGAAAGUCUAUCAUAUACUUCAAUGGGCCUUCUUCAACUGUGGUUAUGUUGAUAUGUGCCCAGACGGAAAAUAGAUUACAUAUUUAUUCCUUGGAAGAACCGGACAAAAUUGUGUUGGCAUUUUAUUCUAGGGAGGCAUGCCUGAAACAGAUUGAAGAACUCGGUCCAUCAUUGGGUACAACUUUGCUCAUAAUAUUAUUUUCAUUUGUAGCUCUGUAUCUAGCUUUAGGUAUUUGUACCAAGAUAUUCCUUAUGGGAGCUACCGGCAUUGAAGUUAUACCGAAUCUGUCAUUCUGGUCAGAUUUACCUAAUCUUGUUAGGGAUGGUUGGGCGUUCGCGUUGAAUGGCUUUAAGUUGCCCAAUCGCAGUCAAGGCCCUGUGACGUCACCUGACCCUAACAGCUACGACAGCAUAUAAAAUAGAGACGCCCUCAUAGAAGGGCACCUCGUACUCGUUGAAUAAUAUAAAAGACUUUUGAAUUUCGAACAUAUUAUAACGCAUAAUCUCUUUAGUAAAAAUAAUCUUCUUUUUUUUUAUCAAAACAGUUGUGAUUUUAUUAAACUUCAUAUAAAUUAUUUUUUGUUUUGUUAAAUCUAUGAGGGUAAUGGUAACUAAUGCAAUAUUCGAUAUUAUUUUUUUUAUUAGCAUAUACAUGUGAUUAUUGUUGUAGUUUUAGUUUUGGAGUAUGAUGAUCUCUUGUAAAGAUGUCCAUUUUUAUUUUCUGAAUCUGAGUCUGAAC